CUGAGCUUUUAACUUCUGUUUAGUCUCUGACAUUUGGGUAGCAACAGUUAAGUUGACUAUCGGUAUGUGAGCCAGCAAGUCGACCAAAUUGCGCGAUAAUUAUUUUAUAUAUAAUGAGAAGAAGAAUAUAUUUGUGGCGUCUGUAAGUCAGUAACGUUAACGUUAGUUACACUAAAGUCAUAACGUUGUAAUGGCUGGAAGUUGUGUUCGAGUUGACCCACCAUUUGUCGAGUUCAGCGAUGUGAAAGUCGGGAAGAUUUACAAGACUACAGUCACGGCAACAAAUGUUGGAAAAACUUUGAAGAAAAUUUUGAUUGAAAAGCCCGCGCUAAAGUUGUUCAAGUUCACAGCAUCUAGCUUAGCCAAGGUGGUGGCUCCUGGUCUGUCUGUAAGUGGCUUGCUGGAGUUUACUCCAGAGGAAGAAGAGGAGGUCAGAGACUGCCUUCUGAUUCACAUAGAUGAUGUAGAGACCAUCAAAAUCCCACUGCUGGGGUUUCCCAGGGCUUGUUCCUUCAUAAUGGACUCAGUACUAGACUUUGGGUGUAUUGCUGCAAGCAGUCAGGUGAUCAGCAAACAUCAGCAUAUAACCAAUCAGGGAUCAGCACCAGGUGUGUUCCAGGUGGAGUACAAGGGAGACCCCUCAGUCAGACUCUCACCCUGCAGUGGAGUCAUAGCAGCUGGCGCCACCCAGUGGCUGAAAGUGGAACUGUGCACAGACAGACCCAGACAGAUUGAUGAGAAGGCUCUGCUGAAACUUCAGAAUCACGCUCCUGUAGUUCUCAGUAUAAGGGCUGAGGUAGUGGACCAGUGCCUUGAGGUUUUUGACUUGCAGGGGGCUCCACUGUCCUGUCUGUGGUUUGGACCUGUAUACCUAGGGACGUCCUGUGUGGAGAAUGUGGUUCUGAGGAACAAUUCGCCCCAGGCAUGUAACUGGGUCUGCCUGCUCCAGGAUACUGUUGCUGGGACUGAGGUGGGAACAGACCUCCAGAAGAGCACAGACGCCGCCCUGCUGGAAAGAAUGGAGAGGGACAGGCCAGCCACCCAAGACGUCUCUCGGGUGUUGGUGUCUGUCCCCAAACAGGGUCGACUGGGACCAUAUGGCAAAACCACUGUGGCAGUGUGCUUUAGCCCCGUCUGCAAGAGUACAAGUAAAGAGAAGAAGCGCGAUUACUCAGCCAGCCGGCAAGACUACUGUCUUUUCCUGCUGUUUGAGUCAUUGGGAAGCAGAUAUGGCUUCACUCACCAUAAUGGUAACAGCAGUGUGGAGCUAGCAGUAACAGGCUCUGGACUGCCUGUGUCUCUGGUGCCUAGUCCCUCUCAAAGAUUUGAUUUCCUCACCUGUGUGACAGGCCAACGUGUGGACCUGCUGUGUGUGCUGCAGAACCUUUGCCCUCAACUUCCUGUCAACUUCCGCUUCCGCAAGUUGGCGCAUUUCACCACCAGGCCCUCCACUGGCACAAUUGCUCCUGGGCAAUGCCAGGAUAUAGUUUUGUCUUUCACUGCACGGCAGCAAGGGAGCUUCCAGGUGUGUCAGAAGCUAGAUGUCUUAGGUCAUGCUGUGAGGGGUGGCAACACAGCUGAAGAUGUUAUUGGACUUGAGCUUUACAGCUUCCACACCAUCACUCUACACCUGUCUGCUGUCUGCUGCAGUGCGACCACACACCCCAUGCCUAAACUAAAUCCUGGCAUCACUCCCGCAGUGACCAAUCCAACCGGAUCACUGCCUCACGUUCGGUCCAGUGAACUGGCUCGCUGUCGUGGGAUGGUGCAUGCUGCCGUCCUCAGCGCGGACAAAACACAACUCCACGAACAUCGUAGGGAGAAGAGUCAGAAAACAGAGGUGGAGGAGUUCCUGGCUUUUCCUAAUGACCGAGCCACCAGCAUCAGGCCUCCCGCUGCACAAAGACAGUACAGGACCAUCUUCACCGGUGUACAACGCUAUCGCUAUGUGGACACAAACUAUGCUUUCACUGAGGAAGAGGAGGAGCAGAGACAGUGUCAUCGACAGAUUUACACAGACUUCAUCGAACAGCUCAGACAAACGCGCCUACAGAAGAUCAAGGAGAGGCAGCAGGAGAAAGUGGAGGACGAUGUGGAAAUUGGGAUUGUUCCGUCUCAAGGGCUUGUUCCACCUACACUGCGCAUCAGUGACCUGGAGAGCAGUGAGAUCAUAGAGACCAAGCCAAAAUACGGCUAUGCUUCAUCAGCAGCCAAACGUAGUUGCCCCCAAGAAAUGACAUUCAUCAACCAGCAGGUAAUGAGUGCAGUUCCCUCUACCAGCCAGGAGGUGGCAGACUGCAACAGGACUCUGACAGCUCAGGAGCUCUACCAAGUUGUCAUAGGACCAUUGUCAGUGGACUUUGGCGAGGUGUGUGUGCAGUCAGUGUGUGUUCAGAAGCUGGAGCUGAUCAAUCAUCUGUCAGUGUUCGUCUGGGUGCAGCUGGAGGUGGACUGCUCUGAGCUGCAGGGCUCCUCACCCCUCUCCCACAUCCUGCCACCCCACUCCCUCAACACCGUAACACUGACUUUCCAAAGCAACAAGCUGGGUCACUUCUACAGACCUAUAUCCUACUCUGUAAACCAGCAACACCCUGGUCAGAUACUGGUCCAGGCCCAGGUUGUCCCCUUGGCUCUGGAGCUGCCCACCACCCUGCUGGUGCUUCGGCCCACCCACACUCUGCUUGCCCAAUCAGGAUACAGGAGCUCAGUUACCCUUCGAAACCAGUGUAACCAUGCUGCAGAAUUCACAUGGAGACCAGUCGUCACGGAGAGCGGCAUCCUGUUCUCCAUUCGUCCAGCUACAGGUACAGUAGAGCCAUACAGGGAAUUGGACUGUGAGGUAGUGUGGCAUCCCUCCUUCUCCUCCCCUCCAGAAGGAGACUUUGACCUCUGUGUCCACGAGGGCAACACACAACGCCUGCACUGUGUUGCUAAGUUUGGGUCCACCAGUGUCCUGCUGGCAGACAAACAGGUCACAUUUGGAUCAGUGCCUCUCAAGAUGCCUUCUAUGAGAACUGUAGUCUUACACAACAUUGGAAAGAACCAUGCCUACUACCAGGUGCUAGAUGUGUGCCCUCUGCCAGGUUUGGUGGUGAGUCCAUCUGAGGGCGUGGUGCCAAGUGGGGGUCAGGGGACACUCAAGAUUGACUUUAACCCCGACUUUGUCAUCAAGUUUGACACCAGAGUAGAGAUAGCUCUGAGGAACAUGAAGUCCAUUGAGCUCAGAGUGAGUGGAUCAGUGGAGCCUCCAAGUGUAGACAUCAGUGUGUCCCAUUUCCAGUUUUAUGGGGUCCAUGCUGGUUCUCAGCGUGCGAUACCGUUUACUCUGGCAAACCACUCGUCAGCAGCAGCCAGGGUUACCUUUGACAUGGCAGAACACACAGACUUCUCUGUAAACCUCCCUCAGCCCUCAGCAAGAGCAGAGAAGGAGCCAGGUGUGAGUGUUGUGGAGGUCCAGGGUAACCAAACAGUGGACUGUUCCCUUGUCUUCUCCCCCACCCAGGCAGCCAGUUAUGACUUUGACCUGCCAUUGAUGGUCAAUGGAGUGAGAUGGCCCACUGCUUCUCCGUCUCCUUUUCUCACUCCGCCCUCCUCCUCCAUCUCCUCCUCGCUGUCAGCUGGCAGCAGGAAGCAUGUCGUCAAGCUUCUUCCCCAGUCUGUCACCAUGGUGACACAACGGUCACAGCGCAUACAGGCCGCAGUGCUGUGCGCCCCACUGGAAAUGUCCCCCACUAGCCUAGAGUUCCAUGUUGAGCCCCUGGCACCACAGUCUGAUGCUUACACUAAGACAGUGGAGCUGAAGGCAGUGUGUGAAGAGAGUGUGUUUUGGCAUAGGAGUGUCAAGAAACAUGUAAACUGGUGGUUUGACUGCAGAGCAAUAGCAGUACCAACACAGCACAGAAAAGAGGGGGAGCUAUGUAUGGUGUCUCCAUCCUCAGGCAGUCUGGGGCCUGGGCAGUCCAUCUGCUUGACUGUCAGCUUCAACCCUGAGGAUAUCACAACUGGCUCUGGCAGAGUGACCAAACUGUCCCUACCUCUUUACCUUGGAGAAGAGGGAGGGGAGGGGAUGGGAGGAGAGGAGGUACAUCAACCUUACAGAGAGCUGUCCAUCACUAUUAUCCUACAGCUUCCCUGUAUCACCAUCCACCCCCCUCAACUCCUCCUUACACCAGUACCCCUGGGAAGCAAUGCAUCUGCCACAUUCACCCUGCUGGCCUUAGGGUAUCCAAGUGGAACUAUGGUAUCAGCUGAAGUGGAUGAGGUGGAACUGGAGGAUGGGACAAAGACACAGCCUGUUUCCAUCAUCUUUCCAGAGGGUAACAACAUCCCUGCCCCAAACCAGGAUCAGAGACUUCCAGUAGGCAUUCAGAAUCAGGAGGCCAAGGUGACCUCUCUAAUCUGCAGUGUGUCCUUCUGCUCCGCCAUCCCUCUGUCCCUCUGCACAACUAUAACCUUCACUGACCACCUCCACAACAGGUUUAAGGUUAAGUUGCUUGCUAUUGCUGACAACUGUCUGUUGACAGUCUGGCCCUACAUGGCCCUGAACCGCUCCAGGCAACAGAUAGUUCUCAAGACUGGGGCCACAGCUGUUGAGGCGAUACUUCAGAGCUAUCACACACCAAGUCCUGCCUCUGGUCCGACUUCAUCAUCCUCGUCAUCGUUUGAACACAACAGCUCAACAAACAAGAACUCAGCCUCAGGCUCCUUUCCAGACAGUGACAGUGUGAGCGGUCAGGCCAGCAGGAAUACAGACACCUCUCCUAACAGAGACAGCCCAACCAAUCUUGGCGCCCCAGAAUUCCCUUCUGCCAACUCAGAGGAAGGACUUUAUUACCAGAAUGUAUUAUCGGCUAUGGAGAGAUGGUUUAGUCUUUUUGGGUGGCCAAGUGGACCACACCCUAUCUCUGUGCCACACACGCUCAGAAGAGUUGUGUCCAAAAUUCUAAUGAAUCAUUCCACUGGACGGACUUUUCGAGUUAGUCAAAAUAAAGACUCCAGGUCUGUGGUGGACAUGCUUCAUCACUUGACUGGCAAACAGAUUCCCGGUAUUCCUCUGUGUCAGACGUUUUCCACUGAUAUAGACCAGCGCACCAAUCAGCUGCUACAACAGCAUGAAGCUAUGUUGACUUUUCUCAGGGUACAAGGAGCCUGCCUUUGUCAUAUCAGACCAGAGUACUUGCUAGACAUGCAGGAGUUCAAACACUGGUGCUCCCUGCAGUCAAAUGAGGAAGAAUGUGGUCUGAACUACAGCAGUGUUGACUACGAGUCUCUGAGCAAACGAUCCUGGACUGACGUGCUGCUGCAAAUAUACAAGGUGCUAGUGUUGUGUCGCGUGUCAGAGAGCGGUUUGAAGCCAACUCUGAACCAUGACAACGUAGAUGGAAUCCUCCCUGUCAGCUCACAGCCACUGGCCAGUAACAUCUAUUCAUCGUGUGAGCUCCAGUUGCUCUCAUGGCUCAACAUGCAUUACCAGGGAAUGAGGAAGACUGUGUGGGGAACAGGUGGUGUCCCAUCAACACGCUGGAUAGUGAAUUUUGACCUGGACUUGACAGAUGGACUGGUACUAGCUGCUCUGCUUGCUGCCUACUGCCCUUACCUGAUCUGCAGCCACUUCCGGAGGAUGUACACCACAACUAGCAGCCUGGAACAGAUCCUUCACAACAACAUCAUAGUGACCCAGGCCUUAACUGCACUUUUUCUCAACCUAGAUGUACAGCCCACAGACUUGUCAGACCCAAAUCCAGUGCAGAUGUUAAUGCUGUGUGUUCACCUGUAUGAGAGGUUGCCUCAGUACCUGCCACUGCACAUCAUCACUCUAUCAGGAGGCCUGCACAGCAUUUUCAGCAAACAGGUGCAUCUGAAAAACCCAUCCUCAAAGCCGAUCAAAUACCAGGUCUUGCUUUUAGGAGAGAAUGCCCAUCUCUUCUCCCUCCCUGAUGGAUCCACUGUCACCAUUCCCCCAAAGGCGAGCACUGAACUGACCGUCCAGUUCAGCUGCUCCACCAUGCUGCCCAUGGAGGCAGUCCUUCUGCUCAUCUCCAGCUCUCCUUUUAGCCUGUACGGAACUACGCUCACCUUCAAUCUGAAGACCCAUGUCACUCACAUCACACCCACUAACACUGUCAAGUGCAAUUCUCCAUGCUACCAGUUGAAAGUGAUCCAAGUGCCCCUAACUAACCCUUUCAACAAAGAAGCAAAAUUCAGGGUGGUGCUGGUGGAGUCUCCAUUCAAUCCACUGGAGCCUGAAAAGAAAGACAGCCUCGUUCAACAGGCCUCCUCCAAAGCCAAGUAA